AUGGCGUCAGCGCAACAGGAGACUCCGCUCGUGUCCUUCGGCCUGGUGACCGACGUGCAGUACGCCGACGUGGAGGACGGCUGGGACUUCCACCACACCUCGCAGCGGUACUACCGCAACGCGCUGCCGCAGUUGCAAGCCGUAGUGGCCGAGUGGCUGCGCAUGGCCCAGAGCCAGAGUCAACUCCGCUUCGCCGUGAACCUGGGCGAUCUCAUCGACGGGAAGAACCGACCCGCGUCCACGUCCCGCCAAGCUCUGGAGAGCACCAAGGCGGCGUGGGUUCCCUUCCAAGACGCGGUGGGGCCAGUGCAUCACCUGGUUGGCAACCACGAGCUCUACAACUUCUCGGUCUCCGAUAUUCAGAAGGAACUGGUGUACCAGUCGUCCAAGACGUCGAAGGAGGAGGCACCACCUCGCACUUACUACGACUUCCAAGUACCCGAGGCGCCCAAGUUCCGCUUCGUGGUGCUGGACUGCUAUGGACUGUCGAUCCUCGGACGAGAGAAGACCGACCCGGUGUACCAGGAAGCGCUCGCUCUGCUGCGCCGCGUGAACCCGAACGAGAAUCUCAACUCUCCGACGGGUCUCGAGGAAGCGCAGCGGAGGUUCGUCGCCUUUAAUGGAGCAGUGGACCGUGACCAGAUGCAGUGGCUGGAGGGGGUUCUCCUCAAGGCUACAGAGGCGAAAGAGCACGUGGUGAUCUUCACGCACGUCCCGAUCCACCCGAGCACGUCGCCGACGCCUUCGAGCUUGUUGUGGAACUACCCGGAGGUGCUGGAGCUCAUCCGACGCUACGCCUGCGUCCGCGUCGUCUUCUCGGGCCACUCACAUGCCGACGGAUACGUGCACGCCCACGACGGCAUGCACAACAAAGGUGUGCACUUCGUAGUGUGCGACGCCAUCCUCGAGUGCGCUCCGUCCGAGACGGCACACGCGCUAGUGCUCGUGUUCGACGACAAACUGGUCGUGCAGGGCUACGGCAAGAUCCUGACACGUGAACUUCGCUUCCCCGCAGCUGAAGACAAGGACGGAGAAUGUUAA